CUGUACACAGCUUCAACAUUGUAUAUGUUGGGUCUAAUCAAUGUGACAUUUGGCAGUGAAGCAGUUAAAGGAGAAGGUGUCAGCCUCUUGGUUUCUCAGGUGACAUUUGCAGCACGAUCAACAGCGACCGAUCCUCCAGGAGAGUGUGAGGAAGAGGAAGGAAAACCUCACGGCAGAAGGCAACCUGGAGUUACAAACCAUGUUGAGAUGAGGACUGAAUGGAAGAGACAUCAGAAACAAGGACAAGAAGGAAGUGUAGGAACGACCACCUGACAGCACGCUGCAAGAAGCAUCGUUUGAUGUGAGAAUGCUGGAAGCGGUGAGUGGCUUUAAGGACCAGAGCUUCGACAAACUGAGGCGCUCCUGCCUACGUCGAGGGGCGCUCUUCAAAGACCCUCUGUUCCCUGCCACAACCCAAUCCCUCUUCUACAAGAGGGCGCCCCCACCUGGACUGACCUGGAAGAGGCCACGGGAAAUUUGCAGGGACCCUCGUUUGUUUGUGGAUGGUAUCAGCACUCGCGACUUGCACCAAGGCAGUCUGGGUAACUGCUGGAUGGUGGCAGCCAUUUCCUGCUUGGCAUCCGAGCCUUCACUGUGGAAGAAGGUCAUUCCCAACCACAUGGAUCAGGAGUGGAACCCAAAACGCUCAGACCUGUACGCAGGGAUCUUCCAUUUCAGAUUCUGGCGCUUCGGACAUUGGGUUGAUGUCGUGGUGGAUGACCGUUUGCCGGUCAGUCAAGAUGGAGUCCUGCUCUUCUGCCGCUCAGCAACACCAAGAGAGUUUUGGAGCGCCUUGCUGGAGAAGGCCUACGCCAAACUAAAUGGAUGCUAUGAGGCUUUAGAGGGAGGAAACACUGCGGAGGCCCUCAUCGACUUCACUGGAGGAGUUUCGGAGCCUCUCAGCCUGGACUGUGAGGCCCUCAGCCUGAGCAGCGAGCGGAGGAAGGCACUCUUCCAGACAUUAGCUAAGGUCCAUGAGCACAAAUCCCUCAUCACGUGCUCCAUCCGGCCAGCUGAGGGGGAGACGGUGGAGUCGGUGUUGGACUGCGGGCUCGUACGAGGACACGCCUAUGGCAUCACAGCGGUGAGGAAGGUGAGGCUGGCGGAGAAUCCGCCGAGGACAGGCGGGACGUUCCGACUCUUUAUGGUGCGCAUGAGGAACCCGUGGGGGACCACGGACUGGAAAGGAGCCUGGAGUCAGGGGUCAGAGCAGUGGCAGCAGCUGAGCCGAGCAGAGCGGGAGAAGAUGGGGAUUGUUGUUCGUGAUGUUGGAGAGUUCUGGAUGGACCUCCAGGACUUCUGCUGCUACUUCACAGACGUGGUGGUGUGCCGGCUGGUGCAGAGGACGCUGCUGUGGCCGAGCUCACACUGGAGAGAGACGCAGAGCUACGGGGAGUGGGCUCCUUCUCCAGAUGCCCCCGGCACAGCGCCUCUUUCUACAGGGAAGUACAGCAGCUCUGCUGAGGCCCUGAGCAACAUUCGACCUGAAGGGAAGAAGGUCAGGGAGAGCAGUCAGGAAGGAACGGAAAGGGGAGCGGUCAUUGAGGACAGGAGGAGUCGCUGUGGGGGGUGCAUCAACCACAGGGACAGCUUUCUGCACAAUCCACAGUACAUGUUUGAGGUGCAAAGCAAAGAGGAGGAGGUGCUGAUCUGUCUGCAGCAGGAAGAUAGGAGGGUCUUGAAGAAAAACGGAGGAGGGGAAAACCUGCCAAUAGGCUUCGAGGUGCUGAAGGUGGAGGCGAACCGCUGCAGCCGAGUGCAGCUGGUGGCGGAGCAGGCGGCCAGCUCCAUCUACAUGGACUCCCGCAGUGUGACUCUGAGGGGAACUUUGGCUUCGGGUCGAUACGUGGUGCUGCCCACCACCUUCCUGCCGGGCGACACCGGACGCUUCCUGCUGAGGCUUUUCUCGCACUCUAACGUCCAACUCAGGGAACUAAAGGAAGAACUGCCAUCUCCGUCUUUGUUCCAGUGUUUUCUACCUCAGCCAGCGGUGGUGACCACAAUCCAUCUGCGCAGGGCAUCUGGUCUCAAACCUCCCAAACAAACAGGUGGCUUAGCAGAAGAAGAAGAAUUGUUUUGGCCACAUGUUCAGUCCUCGUCGACUGCUUCCAUUCGCUCUGUUUUCAGCUUCUUCUGUUUUUGUUCCUUUGCAUCGCGUCGGGUUUCCUGCCUCGUGGCCACAGCUCCAGAUGUUUACGCCGUGGUGCGGUGUGAGGGCGACGCCAUCAGGACGAGAGUGUUCAAGGCUGAGGACGGAAACCCCGAAUUCAACCUCCGAGCCAUCUUCUACAGAAGAUACCCCGACAACAACAUCUCUGUCAAGCUAUGGAGCACAGGCCUGCUGUGGGACUCCCUCCUCGGAGCGGCUCGACUCCAGACGACAGAAUCCGAGAGGAGCCGGAGCCUCGUGAUAGAUCUGCGAGGGGGACGGUUGCGCUCGGGGUCCAGAGGCUGCAUCUACGUGGAGACGUCCACCAGCGUCUGCCUGACGGAUUUGUGACAUCUGUCUGGUUGCCACGGUAUCACCAAGAUCAUUUGGAUGAACAGCGGAGCAAAUAGACGACGACUUUCAGGAACAGCAAAUAUAGCAAACCCUUUUUCUCUGUUCAGGGUUUUAUUUGGCUGCUAUUAUUAUUAUUUUUUUUAAUGCAACAAUUAUCUCUGUUUCCUAUAUAUAUUAUGUUUUUUUUUUCUUCAUUUUAUACAAUAAAUAAUAA